AUGAACUGCCCCGGACUUCCUGCUGUGCCGCCGUUUCUUGAGCGACCAGGCAAGCCUCCCGUUCCAUGGAGUCAAUGGCGGCGGAUGUUCGAUAAUUAUAUGCUUGCCAUCGACGGAAUAUCCUACAGGCCUGAUCGUCAAAAGGCAAUGCUCCUUCAUGCUCUUGGGACAGAGGGACAAAGAAUUUUCUACACGUUGUCAGUUCCUGCCGUACCGUCGGAACAAAGCAGCGGAGACUCCACCACAGCCACGGUAAAUGUGUAUAAAGAAGCUUUGGCAACACUUGAAAAGCGGUAUGCCGAGAGUUAUAACGUUAUGGUGGAGCGCAGGAAAUUCCGUCAGCGUUCUCAGCUGCCGGACGAAAGUAUCGAGGAAUACGUGACUGCUCUUCGAGGUCUCGCCAUUACCUGCAAUUACGGGACCAUGCUUGACGAAACGCUACGGGACCAACUUGUGGACAAGGCCCUCCUACCCCAAGUACGCGAGCGACUUCUACUGGAAGGAUCAACACUUACUUUGGAAAGGGCUACACAGAUCGCGAGUCAUGUUGAGCAGAGCCGCAAGGAAGCCCAGCGGAUCUUGCAGGAGAACACAGCUGCGGUUGAAAAAGUGUUCAAGAAGCCGUUCAAGAGAUCAGCUGGCAAGCCCGCAACUCCCAAGCCCCAAGCUCAAGGGAAGAAUGCAACUACUUGCUUUCGUUGUGGUUCACCGUACCAUCUGGCGAACUCGCAGGAAUGCAAAGCCAGGUACAAAGAAUGUUUCAAGUGCAAGAAAAUUGGGCAUUUCGGAGCCGUAUGCAGAGGUGCAAAAAAGCAGCAACGCGGUGCCACUCGCGAAGUCGUAACUGAAGGCGCACAUCACGAGGAUUACCCGUCCAGGACAGAACCUGCAAUACUAUUGGAAGUGCAAUCAUCUGCGAAAAAGGCUAUCCACAUUACAGCAGAAGCCGGUGGAAAGGACGUCACGUUUUUAAUAGACACGGGUUCGUCAGUUUCCAUAAUUUCGUCGGUUGUGUAUCAGUCCACAUACGCCGAGAAGUUCACCCUGCAGCCUGCGUCAAUCGAACUUCACGACUAUUCGAGGAAAGAGAUCCCAGUGCGAGGGUGCGUCAUCCUACCUGUCAAGUACAAGACACGUAGCGCGACCCUUCUCUUUUACGUCGUACAUCAUGGAACGACACUAUUGGGGCUCGACGCAGUUGCUGCGCUAGACUUGCGGAUUGACGGGGCACUCUUACAGUGCCUGGAGACAGCAGUUACAACCGGUGCCAGCGAGCGAAUAGCAAAGUGCGAGUUUGCGAACCUGUUUUCACCGGAGCUGGGCCUAGCCAAAGGCUACGAACACAAAGUCAAAGUACGGACAGACGUGCAGCCUACAACUACUAAACUCCGAAGGCUACCCCUACAGAUACGUGACGAUGUGUCUAAAGAACUAAAGAAACUGCUGGAUAUGGGCGUCAUUGAGGCUAUUGAUGCAUCGCCCUGGGUAUCGCCACUUGUCGUGGCCAAGAAAAAGGAUGGUCGGAUCAGGCUAUGCGUAGAUCUGCGGGCACCAAACAAAGCUGUCGUGCCAGAUUGCUACCCAUUGCCGAAUAUGGAAGAGCUGCUGAACAAGUUAUCCGGUGCAAAGAUAUUUUCCAAGUUGGACUUAACAGCAGCAUACCACCAGCUCGUACUGGCCGAAGAGAGUAGAGAUCUCACUGCGUUUAUAACGCACGAAGGUCUAUUCCGGUACAAGAGAUUGUGCUUCGGGCUGGCCUCCGCGCCAUCUGCAUUUCAGAAGCUUUUGGCUAAUGUGCUGAAAGGAUGUACAGGGGCGUUACACUAUCUGGACGAUAUCAUCAUAUUUGGGAAGAAUGAAGAAGAGCAUGAACAGAAUCUACGUUCAGUUUUGCAACGGAUCUCCGAUGCAGGGUUACGGUUAAAUCACAAGUGCGUUUUUGGCGUCAGCGAGCUCUCUUUUAUCGGUCACACAGUAAAGGAAGGAAAACUGUUUCCACUCCAAGUCACUGUCGUCUACAAAAAAGGGAAAGAUAACGAGAUUGCAGACGCGUUGUCGCGACUGCCACUUCCAUAUCAUGCACAGGAGCCCUUCGAAGACGACGUGGUGUGCAUCGUCACAGAAUGCAUCUCAAAGGAGCAGCUCCAGCGUGAGACAACUUCCGACUCAGUAAUGCAGGACGUUCUGCGCUACAUACGAACAGAAUGGCCUUCGAAAGCGGCUCUUCGAGACAACGCUGUGCCGUUCUUCAAGGUUCGCACGGAGCUGUCAGAAGUUGAUGGACUGCUGCUGCGAGGGGAUAGGAUUGUUGUGCCACCUGCGUUAGUGUCAAGGGUAAUUGGUCUGGCGCAUGAGGCACAUCCGGGCAUAGUGCGUACAAAGCAGCGCUUGCGUCAACUGUACUGGUGGCCUGCGAUGGACAGCAACGUCGAAACUGCUAUCCGGGGCUGCGACAUAUGCCAAACAGCGGACAAGUCCGCGAAGACGGCACCUGCUCCACUCACUCCUGUGAAACUUCCAGAGGAACCUUGGGAAAAAGUCAGCAUGGACGUUGUUGGUCCUUUUGAAAAGGCCCCACAGAACUGCCGGUACAUGAUCACCUUGAUAGACUACCAUAGUCGGUGGCCCGAAGUGUGCUUUUCGAAUACAGUCACAACUUCAACUGUUAUCGGGUUUCUGCGCCAAAUCUUCAGCAGGGAAGGUCAUCCCGUUGAAAUUGUGACUGAUAACGGCUGCCAAUUCAUUUCCCACGAGUUUCGUACUUUUCUCCAAGAACGAGGAAUUCGCCACAUACGCUCCUCAGUCUACCAUCCACAAGGAAAUGGUAUGAUCGAGAGGUUCAACAAGGUACUAAAAAGUUUCGUUCAAGUGGCACAGUUAGAGAACCGUCCAAUCAAAGAGGCCGUACUGGAAUACAUCGGGGUGUAUCGUGCUACACCUCACGCGUCAACGGGACUAGCUCCAGCUUUUCUGUUACAUGGAAGAGACAUACGAACACGACUAAAUACCAUCGGUUUUCCAACACGAAAAUUUUUGACCGAGCCAGCAUCGGAAAUUAGUCGCCUCCGAGAGAGAAUUGAGAAGAAACAAGCCCGUCUUAAAGCUUACAUUGAUGAGAAAAGAAGCGCAAAGCAACAACACCUCGAACCAGGGGACUUUGUGCGUGUCAAGCUUCCUGGACACAUCUACAAAGGUCAACUCCGGUACUCCGAACCGAGGAAGAUCAUCAAAAAACGGAGCAACAAUUCGUUCCUUCUAGACGAUAACAGAAUUUGGAACAGCAGCAAGCUUUCUAAGGUUCCGAAAGAAGCGUUGCCAAGACUACUCCGAAGGCCUACUUCCGGAUCGGAUGCAACACCAGUGGCUAUGUACUGGAACGUACCUUCGGAUGAAACUCCUCACCAGACUUCUCCAGACCCCAGUUGGCCGGAUGACAACGGAUCUGGAUCCGGGGCCGCCACAGCCCAGUCCAGGCAAGCUGACGACGAACCUGCUCAAAACUCUGCCACCACGAGCGGAACGACUCAGCAAACGAAGACGGACAAGGUGGACGUUCCUGCUCAGGAAGUGCAGCUUAGACGUAGCUCAAGAACGAGGAAGCGACCUCAACGUUUGGGUUUUUGUUGA